AGACAAGAUAUCGUUACGAGAUGUUGAAGAAUCCCCACCAACUCCAAUGAAAAAUUUUAAGUUAUUAAAUGUUGUAACGUCGAAAAGACAUCUUUCAGUCAGUCCGUGUUGCUUACGAUAAUAGCACUUUAUGGAAAUUCAAUACAAAAUCGAUUCUGUUUGUGUUUCAUUUACCGAAUUUUUUUUCGUUAAUCACAGGAGUUGAUUUUUGUUUUUAUCAAUUUUUUUAUUAAUAGAAUUUUCACGUAGACUGUGUUAUCUUUGUGAAUCGAUUUCAAGUUCUGUUUUUUUUUGUGAUAAAAAAAGAAACUUUUACAUAACAAAACAAAGUGUUAGAAACAUUAGAGGACAUUCGGAAGUUGAAGAAAGAACUCUCGGUGACAGAUAGUGUAAAAUUUUGAUUUAAAAGUACGAAGCAGUCCAUCAAUUACCAUCAGCAGAAACUAUAGAGAAAAAAAUGAAACAAUUGAAGAAGUGUGGAUAUAUGGGCUUGGCAACAAUUCUACUCCUUUCACUAAGUGUUAGCUCACAACCCCUUUCAUCGAACGAGGACGGUGACACCAAUUCUAAUCAACCGCCGUUGGUAUUUCCCAAGGAAAACGUAACAGUCGGUGAUGGACCACCGCCUCUUAUUUUCCCAACAGAAAAUGUAACAAUUGGUGAAAUACCUAUACCAGUGCUGAAAAAGGAGGAUACUACUGUGAAGCCGGGAGAAGAUUCAGACGAUGCACCAUUAAUUUUCCCCAAGACCAACGAUAAAGUUCCAAUCAUCGACCUGCCGCCACUAAUUUUUCCCGAUCAUAACAGCACAGCCAUUAACCAAACUGCACUCGAUAUAUUGAACGCAUCAGGAAAAGAAAAACAUGGCAAUAUAGUUCCAUUGCCGACAGCUUCUGACGAAAACUACUACGAUUUCAGUGACGAUUCCGACAAUAGUGACUCAGUAGAAGAAGUACAAGCGGUUGAUAAACGUCCACAAACGGAUAACCUCGAAGAAAACUUCAAGAUGGAUGCUGAUACACUAUCCCGUAUGCCUAUAAACGAUUACGAUGAUAAUACAGAAGUGGACCAUCCAAUGUUGAAGAAUACGCAUAUUUUGGUUAUAAUCGGUGCCUUGCUAGCAGUUUUAUGCGUCUGUUUGUAUUUGGGUAUCACCGUUUGGAGACGAGUAAUGUUCAAUCGAUAUGGAAUGAGAGAGAGACUUAUUAACGAAGACGACUUUUACGGCAACAAAGCUAGUAUUCACCAUAACUUUUAAUCAUGUAAAAUUUAUUGGACAAACUUUGCUUUUUGAUUCGAUUAAACACGACA